AUGCAUGCGUCAAGGAAACCACCACCCACAUCUCACCCGGUAAUAUUCGCACAGAAGCUUUACAAGCUCGCCCUCUGCAUGCUACAGCUUGAGCCGACUACAUUCUACGAAACGAAAAAUGGCCUUCAAGAACCGGUGCGAGACGCUUCGAAACGACUUGUGGAAAUUGCUAUGAAUCGCGUCACCUCGCACGACACCUUGAUGAAUAAUUUGGACGGGCUCGAGACUUUAAUGCUUGAGUCCGGAUAUAAUUUCAGAAUUGGAAACCAUCAUGCCGCCUGGCUUACUAUUCGACGUGCAAUCGGUCUUGCUGAGCUUAUGGGUUUACGAAAAAUGAAACCUGGUGAUGAUGGCGCGGAGUCGCUUUGGUAUUUACUCAAUUACUCUGAUCGGUUUGUGUCGGUUAUUUUCGGUCUACCAUGCAAUAGUUCGGACAACAGUUUCGCAUCCGAGCGUGCGCUUGCAGGUAAGAGUGUAGUCGAAAGGCUUGGCCGAAUUCAGGUUGCCCUUCUCGGACGCAUUAUCGACAGAAAUAUGAAGAUGCAAUGCUGGAGUGAGGCCGACCACUCUGACGAUGAACUCAAUACGAUCUAUGAACAAACUAGAUGUAUCGAUCGUGACUUGAAAGAAUCAGCCAAUAUCAUCCCCACUGAUCCUUGGGUGAUAACAAAUUCGAGCAGUUCUGCUACGGACAAGGAUGUAUCAAAAAGGACGGGGAUAUUGCAGGUCCAGAUGCAUCAUUACUACUUAUUACUACUUCUUCAUCAACCGUAUUUGCUACGAAAGUCUUGUCAUCCGAGUCAGGCGAUGCAUGACCCGAUUGACUAUCUAUAUAGCAAACAGGUCACCAUUUCAGCAAGUCGUAAUCUCCUGGACCGAUAUUUGAUUCUAAGAGAUAUCCGUCAUGCAACCGCUUACGGAGGUCUGGAUCACAAAGCAUGGCUUGGUUCUGCAACUCUCCUUUUGGCCUAUAUUGACACACAUCAAUGGGCUCCUGGUGUAUACUCGGGGAACCAAAGACUGCAGGACAUUGCAAUGAUUUACAGACUUAUCGACCGAUUCAGAAAAGCUGCUUACCGUGAUGCAAGUGUUCAACAGAUCUGUAGUUUGCUGGAAAUAGAGGCAGGAGCAGCAAAUGGGAAACGAUAUUACUUCAUGUGGAGCGAGGGUACCGAAUUUGUGAGAGUUCCGGGUUGUUUACAAUUAUCGAUACCUUACUUCGGUGCAAUUUCAGUGAUAUCCGCGAAACUAGAGAUGCCACAGUCAUCUACAAACUUGCAGUUUCCAGAACUUAUAUCAUCUGGCUUGAAUGACUACGAAAGCUUUCAGGACAACGAAUUUUCGCGUUCCAAUCCAGUCGCUCAUUCUGAAAUAUCGUCUACCAAAACCUCAUUUGAAAGAAUUCCAGAAAGUUCACAUACAUUCGAUACGACCUUGUUACUUAACCCUACAGAUGACCUCAAUUUUGAAUCUGAAUUAUUUUUGAAAGAUCCUCUGGGAUUUGAUGGCGACUCGGGUCUCUUUUAA